GCCGCAGCAGAGAAAUUCGCCUUCCCUGGCGUUCUCGCCCGGUAUGAAACGGGCGCGUAUCGUCCUAUUUCGCAGCAGAACAAGAGAGCUUGCAACCACCGCUCAUCGCUCCUCCGUGCUCAGCGCUCUUCGUUGUCGUGUGCUCCUCGACUCACCCCGGUGCGGCGAAGUCCGAAACCACGCGCACCGCUGCGCCAUCGCUGUACGGCUCUCCCAUCCCACCGGCAUCCCCGCUUGCCUGCACAGCCGUAGUCGCGACACGACAGCCGAGCAACGUGUGCCUGCUUACACUGCGAGCCGCCUUUCCUAUCCAGCUUUGGAAAAAAGGACGCUUACUUCUGCUUCAGCAGCGUGAGUUGGAGCAGCUAUAACUACCGGGACUUGUACGGACUCCGCAAUAGACAGACUAGAUCGCCUUCUGUUUUCACCGUGACUGUGCUUCCCUUGGCUGGUACCGUUUCUACGAAUACUGCUCCCUGUUCCACCUUAUCAAGCACACGGGCAACGUUGGACUUCGAAACAACAUGAAGUUCUUCUACCUGGCACUGGCCCUUGUGGUUCUGCUGGCGGCGGCCCAGAGCGGCGUGAUGGGCCAGGACGAGCUGCUCAUGCCCUGGAACCAGUACCGGACCUCGCCGUUGCUCGAAGCGCUGCGCGGAUGGAUCAGACGACCCACCUUCACUUUCACACGCCCGAACUUCCUGCCGGCACUCAGCGCUAACGCCAUCAGGCUGCGGCCAGGACUGCAACAGGUGCUGCGCCCCAUGCUUCAGCGGCCGGCCAUUCAGAGCAUGAUCCGGCCAGCUCUCAACCUGCGGCCCGUCAUCGCCACCGGCAUCGCCAACCUGGGAAGCCUCAUCCGGCGACCUUUCCAAAACUUGGAGGAAUGACGCACGUAUACGCAAAGCCGGGCAUCUGCGUUUGAAAGCGUCAUAUACUCUUCAGCAUUCCGUGAGGUUCCGCUGGUUUGGAGCCCCACUUCACGUCUCAUCAAGCUCGAAGUAGCUUCGAGUGGUGCAAGUUGCAAAACCAUCUUCGCAUCGCUUCCUGCUGCCACUUUACCUUCGUCAUCGCAGCGCAUAUGUACAGUUCGGCGAUCACUGGGAGUGCCACUGGACGGACCUCGGUGGUUGAUCGUUUUUGUAGCACCUUUUUUUUUUUCGUUACACCGCGCCACUCACACUCAGCGCAUAUUUACCGACGGCGGGACCACACUUCACCGACCUUUUCUCCCAGAUAACAGU